AUGGACAGCCUUAAUGUAGAUGAACUUUUCGCCGAUUUGAAGCGAGUAGUGGCGGAAGAGAAACAGAGCGAUGAGCCAACUAAAGGUGAUGUCGAUGGCUUCCAUGAUGACAAACUCUCAGUAGAGAUUGACGACAAAACGGAACAGUUUCAAGCCAUCGAGAGGAACUUGAAGAGACUGCCCAAACUUCAAACUGGUUUUGAUCAGCUGGGAACCAACGGGAAACAAAUUCAAGUUGAAGAGCAAAGCAAGGUUAUCAAGAUCGAUGAUCCGAUAUACAUCUUAGAAUCACGUAAAAAAUCAGACAAGGUAAAACCACCGACAGAGACUGAAAAAUGGUUCACCCUACCGAAAACCGAGAUGACUGCCGAAGUGAAGCGUGAUUUGAUGAUAAUCAAGCACAGAGCCGCAUUAGAUCCAAAGAGACAUUAUAAGAAAGAUAAAUGGAAGAUUCCUGAGAGGUUCAGUGUUGGUACAAUAAUUGAAGGUCCAACCGAGUUCUACAGCAGUAGGUUAAAGAACAAGGAACGUAAGAACACAAUGUUAGAGACGUUAAUGGCAGACGACACAACGAACAAAUAUUUCAAACGUAAGUACACCGAAGUGCAGCAGAAGAAGACAAGCGGGAAGAAAGCCCACUACAAUGCCGUCAAGGAUAAGAGACGGAAGUUUUAA